UCUUCUCAAGUAGGAACACGCCAGCCUCAGACAGACACAGCAGGAAGGGGCCUGAGAGGCUGACAGAGGCAGGAUGGGUGCAAGGCAGGGGUGGAAGGGAGGGACCAGCCCGGGCUGCACCAGUGGGAGUGGCUCCACCCUUCCCACUUCAGAGCCAUGGGGAGCCAGGGCUCUGGCGGGAUGCCCUUGGUGCAGGUUCCCUACACAGUCCUGCUGCUGCCGCUGGGAACAAGCCGCCAAGACCCGGGGGCCCGGAGCUUCUUCCUUUGGCUGCGGAGGAUGCAGGCUCUGGAGAGAGAACAGGAUGCCCUGUGGCAGGGGCUGGAGCUGCUACAGCAUGGCCAGGCCUGGUUUGAAGACCGUCUGAAGGAGGCACAGCAACAGCAGCUGCAUCUAGGGGCCCUUGGUGAGAAUUUUCUAACAGAUUUACACUCAGAGCCUGGUGGCCCCCCGUUAGCCCAGAUUCAAAAGGUGAACAUCUGUUUGCAGAAUCUGAUUCAUGAGAAGUUCUCCCCAAGUCCACUGAACAAGGCUAGUUCCUGCACCACCCAGGAUUCAAAGGAAAGAAGAAGGAAGCAGAACUUGUGGCGGCAACAGGUAAACUUCAAGAGAGAGGGCAGGAGCCCCACCCUACAGGGCUGGGAGGAGCCAAGAGGCCCCAUCUGUUUCUCCUCUCCUCCAGGAGUUGUCAAGGCAGCAGAAAGGAGUCACCCAGCCAAAGGAGGAGAUGGCUCAGCGGGGCUGCACCAACGGGCCAAGAGGCCCUACCCGUGUCUAAACCCUCCUCUCACUCCCCUAAGCCUGGUGAAACAGUCAGAAGCCCCAGGCUCCUUUUUCUGUUUCUUAACAGCUAAAAAAUGGCUCCAGGUAGUGAGUCAAUGAAGUUCAGACAUCUUGGUGUAAUGUUUCUCCUCUGCUCCUGAAAACUUCACCUUCUUGGUGUCUCACGUCCUCAUUCUCCCCUAUAUGACGUGCAAAAAUGAUCUUUCUUUGAAAUCCCUCUGGGGAGAAGACAUGUUUAUUGAAACUGUCCUUCAGCCUUAAAUACAAAAAUAAAACCAAAGCUGCUCCAGAAAGCAACUUUCUCCAAAAAUGUCUUUGGUUUGUUUCUCAUAGGGUUAGGAAAAGUGCAUUGUGGGAAAAUCCAUUGCCCUCUAUCCCAGUCUUACAGGGUUUUUUGUUUUGUUUUGUUUUGUUUCUGUGAUAGUGUUUUACUGUUGCUCAGGCUGUAGUGCAGUGGUGCGACCAUAG